CUUGACUCUCCAUGAGCUCUGCAGUAACAGGCAAUAUGUGGGGUUCAAUAAAUGUUAUUUUAACUGAAUUGAAGGGUGAGGUGGGAGGAUUGAUGAGUCAGAAAGAGAAUUUCAAGCCACGAAAUGUAAAGAGGACCGCUGUAGCUUGAGUUGCACAUCGGCACAUCACUCACACCACUCUUAGGAGGUGAGUCAUGAUGUCACGGCAAUGAGGUUAUAUAACCGUGAGGCCAAGUCACGGCAUUAACAAUAAACUCGUUGGCAAGGAGCAGAGCAAGGCGGAGCUGGUGGUCUCCACAGUCUGGAAUUAGACGCAGGCACCACUUUUGAAUCAUCUUCCCACCGGAAGCAGAGACCGUAGAAGGGGCCGGAACCGCCAGGGAGAUACGGCCGGCGCUUCAGAAGAGGGCGGUGCUGAGCAGUUCAAACCCGAAGGUCCCCCAUCACUCCCUGCGGAUGCCAGGCCAAGGGGCCAGGCUGCCUCCGCACAGCGCCCACGGCCCGGGCACUUUUUCGUCCAGUUUACUCCCGAGAGCUCUUUCUCACGGCCGCCGCUGGGGCAGGCGCUGCCGGCCUCGCCUCCAGGGAGCCGCAGGACUUGGCCAGAGCGGCGGCCACUGAGGCCGUCUCCCCCGGACAUCUUGUGACGUGGGGAGGCGACCUGUAUUUCUUCUGAUAUAAGGCGACAGAUAAAGCGUUCGAACACAGUUCGGCUCAGGGCACUAGCGAGCCGGUCUCAGCGCCCCGUCUCGUCCAAAGCGCCGCCCGUAGGAAGGGUUCCCCAGCGACGAAAACGGAAGGGGCGCGCUUCCCGCCGGACGCGGGGCUCCGAGCAACAUGGCUUCUCGCUGGGUCGUUGGCGUUUUCCUCCUCUCUGCUCUUCCUCUCCUGUGUCUGGAGCUCCGCCGUGGGAUCCCGGAACUAGGAAUUAAAGAUCUAAUUUUACUGUGUGGCCGGAUUUUCUUACUGCUUGCUCUCCUUACUUUAAUUAUUUCUGUGACAAACUCAUGGCUUAACUCAUUUAAAUCUUCCCAAGUUUAUCUGAAAGAAGAAGAAGAAAAGAAGUAUGAGAAAAGGCAAAAACUUGUCAGAAAAAAACAACAAGAGGUGCAGGGCGAAAAGGCUAAGGGAUACAAAGAGAAUGUUCUAAAACCUCACCAGGAAAUGAAAUUGAAAAAACUGGAACAGCGCUUUUAUCAGAUGAUGGGUGAAACCUGGAAGUUAAGCAGUGGUCAUAAACUUGGGGGUGAUGAAAAUCUGGUGCUUAAAAGUGAAAGUCAGAUGUCUUUUGAAACAUCAAACAGAGAAGCAGCAAAGAGACGGAACCUGCCUAAGCCUUUAACCAAAGUUUCACCACCUGCUGAACAGCCCGCGCAGGAGGAGGUUCUUGAUUUCCCUGAAGAACCUCCUGAAACAGCUGAAGAAGUAGUGACUGUUGCUCUCCGAAGUCCAAGUGGGAAUAUCCUGAAGAGAAGGUUUUUUAAGUCUUGCAGUUCACAGGUCUUAUUUAACUGGAUGGUGAAAGUUGGAUACCACACCUCCCUCUACAGCCUUUCUACUUCCUUUCCCAGAAGGCCACUGGAAGUGGAGGAAGGCCAGUCACUGCAGGACAUAGGGAUAACUGUGGACACAGUUCUCAACGUGGAAGAGAAAGAGCAGAGCAACUAGUUAGAGAAGGAGAACUGCCUGUUAUACAUAAAACCAGUUAUGCCAUGACCUUUCAGGAUGAUAAAGGAGUCACAUUAAAAUCAUGCCACACCUUGACUGAGCUCAAGGCAGUAAACACUUUUAUGUAGUUAUCUAUGGAAAUAUAUGGACAUAAAGAAUUAGAAAAUUGUUCUCUGCAUAUAGUAAUUUUUGUGCCAUCUUACACCAAAUGAGAACUAGAUGAAAGUGCAUACAAGAAGGCACACAAUUUUUAUUUCUUCUAGCUGAAAUAAUUUGUCAGUAUGUUAACAAACUAAGUCAAUGACUUUGUUCUCUGACCCUUCGAUCCAUCUUGCCAUACUGAACAUCUCAUUUGGUCAGAUUUUUUGAAGUCUUAUAAGUGAGAAUGUUUAUUCUGCUGUAUUUUCUAGAAAUUAAACUUUGAAGACAUUUCAAAGCUCUUUAAAGCUGUAAACGUCUUUUUGAUAGUUACAUAUUAAUGUUUACUUAACUGAGUUUGAGAUUAAUUUUGCAUUGCAUUAAAUUGUAACAUUUAAAGAAUUCUAGGUGGAGAUCAGUAUUUUAAAAAAUAAAACAAUGAAAACCUUAAAA